AAUCCCUAAAGUAUUACUAAACAUAAUGCUAAAGAUGUUAUAUUCAGUUCUGGAACGCGAUCUCAAAAGACCGAUGUUCAGGUUAGUCUAUGAAGAAAGCGCAAGUUUCCGUUUUAAAAAAUCAACAAAGCAACGGUCUUUGUCGUCGUUAGAGCGUGAUUGAUUUUUACAAACGUUAAAAACGAAAAUGUGUGUCGAAGUGUGAGCUGCCAUUAGAUUUGCUACUAGGCAUUAGUAAUAGCUACUUUAUAGUAUAUUUAUAUUAACAGUGCGAAGUACAAAUUUUCCAAUAUGAAGGAUCCUUUUGUUAAGGAUUCGGUUAUCGAUUCGCCGGCCAGGGAGAGCCUAAGAAAUGUGGAAGGUUGCUACAACAAGAAUAUAUUUAAGACUAGUUCGUUUGCAAACUCCCGUCGUGCAUUGCAGUCGGGUGCGGAUAAGAUAUCAAGAACUUUUCGAAGCGUAAGAAACACCUUCGGGAAUCUGUCACAGCAUUUCAGAUUGGGGGGCAGGCGCCGUCACCGCUUGACUGAGCCUCCAUCUCCAUGCAGGACACCAACAACACCAGUCAUGAAAAAGAAACAGGCUGGUCUUUCCCAGAUACUUGGGAGGAGUCCCACAAAGCUAUACAGUCCUUUUGGCAUUGAGACACCACACAGCCGGGACUUCAGAAUGUCGCCAUACAUGCCUGACACACCAGAUCAUGGUUUGUCACCAAAGCGACGCAAGGGCGUCACCCACUCAUGGCAUAUCCUUGCCAAGAAGAGACCUCGGGCGCUCUUCCACUGAAAAUUAUGACUACAUGUAACUAUCAACGCACAAAUAUAUCCCACCGCUUAUAUGUAAAGACUAGCUUCAUGGGUCCUUAGGUGUUGACCAUCACAAAUGGCUAUGAAUUAUUCACACACCACUUUUUCAUUUGCAACUUGGACUUUUCUGAUAUAUAAUGAAGGCAGCAUGCCACAAGUCUUUUUAACACUUACAUUUAUUGAAAUAUUUAUUUUUACUUUUGCAAAGAGCCUAUAUCCAGCAGUGGCAUUUAUUAUAGCUGAGAUAUUAUUCAAAAAGAGGCAUUUGUGAUGGACAAUGCUUAGGGCCCUAUAUUGUCGAUAUUUUGUAUGCAAUUGGUGCUAUACUCAUAGUAUUUUCUUAUACUUGAAAUACAUUCGCGAUUGGCUUACUCCAAACAUAUUAUAAUUAUGUAUUUAUUAAUAAUACAUUGAAUAUUUAUAGGGAUUGUCUUACCAGAUGGUAUGCUAAAGAUUUAUUUGCUUUGUUUAAAAAAUAAAUGCAAAAAUCUUUAUGAAAUUGGAUGUUUGCUGUAGUAAUGAUAUUAGUUUAUCAUUCUUAUGUAUCUAAUAUUUAUUAAACCCACCGAUUAUUGAAUGUAGUCAAAAAAAGUUCAAAUAGUUCUACUUAGACUAUUUGGUAAUGUUUACCUAUGUACUUACAUAAUGUAUUUAGUAUUAUAUCAUAUCCAGUAUUAUGACGCCAAAUUGUGUAGCUUUGAGUACAAAUUGUAUUAAAAUACUGUCAAACAAAAAUGUAGUGAUACAAUUUAUGUAGAAAUAAGGAUUAUGGUAGACUAGUAACUUAUUGCUAUCAGUUAUUCUUUACAUUACUAACUAGUUUAGACAUUAAAGAAGAUAUUUGAUGGUAAUAUGUCUGAAUUGAAGAAAAGGAUUGCCUUAAAGGAAGGAAAAGAAUGAAUAGUUUGUAAGAUCCACUGCUGGAUAUAGGACUGGAAGAAUAGGUUUAGUUAGUUACGCCAUUUCGUAUCCCUUACAUUUCUGUUUGACAGUGUAACACGUACAUAGAUUUUUUACACUAAUACGCUUCGCAUUGACAAUAUUGUAGUCGCCUAUUUAUAUUUAUACAUAGGUUAAGAUUGUGUGAUUUUUUGUUCUGGAUUCUCCCGAAUUUUUUACUUUAUUGUCGAAUACAGUUCGCGUCAUUAGAAAGUACGGACUAGGUAGCUAGUAAUUUUGGAAAAUUAUAUGAGGUGAUGUAGAUGGCAACUUUUUGUAUGUGUAAUGUAAUGACGUUGACUGUACUUUUUAAGACUGAUUGUCUUGUAGUUGUAUAUUUUUACUUUUUAAUUUCUUAGUCGAGGCUCAAAUGUACCUACCUAUUUAUAACACAUCAGUAUGUAUUCAAUUUUUUUUAAUAUUAUCAUUUACUUUGUAUGUAAUGCAUUGGCUAUGUGACACACCACA